AUGUUCUUUGCAAAGAUCUUGGCCCUUGCUGUCCUUGGUGUUGCCGCCACUGUUCCGACCAGUAAUGUCAAGGGCAAGGCCUUUGAUCGAUUCGUUAUCAUCUACUUUGAGAACCAAAACUAUGAAAAAGCCAUUGGCGACCCCAAUUUCAAGUGGCUGGCCAAGAAGGGCAUCACCUUGUCUAACUACUUUGCCGCCACCCACCCGUCACAGCCAAACUACAUGGCCAGCAUCGCUGGGGACUACUUUGGCCUGGACGACGACCGCGUGAUUGAUUCGCCUGCCGAAGUUGCCACCGUCAUCGAUCUGCUUGAAUCAAAGGACAUUUCCUGGGCUCAUUAUCAGGAAGACAUGCCCUACACUGGCUUCGAGGGCGGCUCCUAUAAAAACAGCCGUGGCCGCAACGACUACGUCCGCAAGCACAACCCCGGCAUCAUGCACAAGAGCGUUACCGAUUCGUACGAGAGACUGGGUCGCAUCAAGAACAUGUCACACAUUGACACGUCACGCUCCGAAUUCCACAAGGAUCUCAAGAAGAAUGCGCUUCCCCAAUGGAUGUUCAUCACUCCCAACAUGACAUCUGACGGCCACGACUCGAGCGUCACGACUGCUGGUCAGUGGUGCCGCUUCUUUCUGGAUCCUCUUUUGACAAACAGCAAGUUCAUGCAAAAUACCCUGGUGCUUGUGACGUGGGACGAGUCCGAGUCGUACUCGCGUAGAAACAAUAUUCUGGGUAUCCUUGUCGGCGACGCUGUGCCAGAGCAGCUAGUCGGUACCACAGACAGCAGCUUCUAUAACCACUAUUCGGAAAUCUCGACCGUCUCGGCUAACUGGGACCUUCCCACCUUGGGCCGCUGGGAUGUGGGCGCUAAUGUGUACAAGGCGGUUGCGGACAAGACGGGCGACAAGAUCCGUAAAUGGGACAACGACCAGGAGUUCAAGAGCUACUACUGGAACGACUGCUACGGCGGUUACCUCAACUCCGAGUCAACCGACAAGCCGAUUCCCAAGCCCAACCUGAGUCUGGAUCAGAAUAGCUUCAACGGCCGCCGCAUCUUGCAGUCGGUCAAGGAUACCUGGGCUAACAGCGACGCACCGACCUACUACACCGACUCACUCAAGGUGUCGGACUCGCAGCACCCUCCGAAGGGGUAUGAGCAGUAA